GAAAAUUUAAUAAUUUUAUAUAAGAUUAAAAAAACGUGUAUUUCGGUUCAGUCAACAGUUAUUUGAAAUUAAGCAUCAUGUGUGACACGUAAAAGAGACGAGAAAGAAAAUGCCAGACGCAAUAGUUGAAAGUCUUUCCAAUUAGGUUGUCAUAGCUCACAACAGCUUGACAACCAUUUAGCCCUUUUCCAAGAAACACUCAAAUUUUGGAAAUCAAACCCAUGACUCUUUAUUUGCUGACAACUUCUGAAAUGACUAAAAUUUCCACAAACAAAUUGCCUUCAGCCCUGCACUACUUUCAUAAAAACGGUCCACGUAACUUAUUUCUAGUAAGAAGAGAAGUCAGAUUUUUAGACUUUCUUUUGAGUACACAUUACUGGGCACUUGUCUCCGGAAGUCGAUUGCCAAGGACGUUUUAACCGGCAUCCAAUUUAUGGACCGUUGGAUGAAUAUCCAGCUGCCUGGAUUAUAACAUUUUUUAAUAUGUAUAGUGCUUUUUAAAAGCUGGACGGGGUCAUUUUACAUGUCCAAUGGUUAAAAACACUCAACAUAUUAAAAUUUUGUUAUAAUUCUGACCGCUGAAUAUUUAUCCUGGCAAUCGACUGCUAGGAGGACCAGUGACCUACAUUACUUUACAGCUUAGUAUAUACUCCAUUACUAAAGGAGUAAAUAGAUAACCUUAAAUUCCAUUACCAAAGAAGUGUUACAAUGCAAUGAAGUUAACAGCCAUCAUCUUGUUUUGCUCCACUUUUCUCUCUACCUUAGUUAACUCCCUGGCAGUUAAUGCUAUAACACCAAACCAGCCUCUUAAAGAUGGUGAAACCAUCGUAUCAGCUGGAGGAGAAUUCCAGCUUGGAUUUUUCAGUCCAGGCAGUUCAACGAAUCGAUAUCUGGGCAUCUGGUUCAAGAAAAUAUCAAAUGAAACGGUUGUGUGGGUGGCUAACAGAGAGACUCCACUUAAAAACACCUCAGGCUUGGUGAGGGUGAGUGGAAAUGGAAUUACACUGCAAACAGUUAAUGGUAGUGAUGGGGUGAUUUGGUCAGCAAAUACGUCUAAAGCCUUGAAGAAUCCUUGUGUGCAACUAUUAGAUACAGGGAAUUUGGUUCUGAAGGAUGAAGAUAGUGAUAUCAAGAACGAAGAAGAUUUUAGUUGGCAGAGCUUUGAUUACCCUGGAGACACUCAGCUACCUGGCAUGAAGUCUGGAAUAGACCUGGUAACCGGUAUAAACAGGUCCUUUACAUCCUGGAAAAGUGUUGAUGAUCCGUCCCUAGGAAGUUUUGCCUACGAACUUGAUUAUAAUGGUUUGCCACAACUUCUUUUGUGGAAAGAUUCAGUUAUUUGGUCGAGGAUUGGGCCAUGGAUUGGUUACAAAUUCGGGGGCAUCCCAAAUUAUAUCCCGAGUGAAUUUUAUAGAUACACGUUUGUUUUUAAUGAGAGGGAGAUCUAUAGUAAGUUUGAUGCUAUCAGUAAAUCUUCUCCUAUCCUGAGAACGGUGCUAUCACCGAGUGGAGUGACAGACGUUUUCCAGUGGGAUGAUCAAGAUCAAAUUUGGAAGACUUACAUCAGUUAUCAUGUCACUGACUGUGAACGUUAUGGACAGUGUGGUGCUUAUGGAAUAUGUUACAUAAACAAAUCACCAAGAUGUGAAUGCUUGCAAGGAUUUGUUCCAAAAUUCCCAGAGAAGUGGAAUUCAGUAGAUUGGUCUGAUGGAUGUGUCCGCAGAAAUAAAUUAGUUUGUGGGACUGAGGAGGGGUUUUUAAGAUAUUCGGGUGUGAAGUUGCCAGACACACAUCACACAUGGUAUAACUUGACAAUUGAUCUUCGAGAAUGUGAGAGGUUGUGCUUGGAAAAUUGUUCUUGUACAGCUUACGCAAAUGCAGAUUUCAGGAACGGUGGACAUGGAUGUAUCUUAUGGUUCAAACCCCUCAUGGAUAUUAGUGACUAUAAAGAAGAUGGAGCAGAAAUAUAUGUAAGAAUGCCAUCUUCUGAAUUAGUGAAAAUACGGAGAUCCAGAGUAAAGAAGAAAAUAGUGAUCAUUAUAGUUACUGGAGUAACAACAUUAGUACUACUUGGGGCAAUAUUCUGUCUAGUAUUAAAGAAGAGAAAGCGGCAGACAGAAGAAAACUCAAGACCAAGUUCUGAAGGUGCUUCCAAAAUUGGGAGCGAAGAUAUCGAGUUGCCACUAUUUGAAUUUGAAGGAGUUGCGAAGGCCACAAGUGACUUCUCCCACCACAACAAACUUGGACAUGGUGGCUAUGGACCUGUGUACAAGGGCAUGUUAGAUGAUGGACGAGAAAUAGCAGUGAAAAGACUUUCAAGCAAUUCAGGUCAAGGACUAGAUGAGUUCAAAAAUGAGGUUUCAUUUAUCGCCAAACUUCAACAUAGAAAUCUUGUGACACUUCUUGGUUGCUGCAUAGAGAAAGGAGAAAGGAUUUUGAUCUACGAAUAUAUGGCUAACAAAAGCCUAGAUUCAUUCAUUUCUGAUGAAAAAAUAAAAAACGCAAUGGACUGGCAGAAACGAUACAACAUAAUAAAUGGUAUCGCUAGGGGACUUCUGUAUCUUCAUGAAGAUUCAAAGCUAAGAAUCAUACAUAGAGAUCUCAAGGCAAGUAACAUUCUACUUGAUCAUGAGAUGAAUCCAAAGAUUUCAGAUUUUGGCAUGGCAAGAAGUUUUGGAGCAAAUGAAACUGAAGCAAAAACAGCAAGAGUUGUUGGGACUUAUGGUUACAUGUCCCCCGAGUACGCUAUUGACGGGCAAUUCUCUGUUAAGUCUGAUGUAUAUAGCUUUGGCGUUUUACUGAUAGAGAUAAUUACUGGAAAGAAAAACAGAUACUUCUGUCAUCCUGAUCACAGCUUAAACCUUCUAGGUCAUGCAUGGAAAUGUUACAACGAAGACAAACUUUUGCUAUUACUCGAUGAUAUGAUCUUGGAGUCAUGUAACCAGAGUGAAGCUUUACGACUUAUCCAAAUCGGAUUAUUGUGCGUUCAAAACGAUCCAAAGGACAGGCCAGCUAUGUCACAAGUGGUUUUCAUGCUGAGCAGUAAUAUGAAACUACCUCAACCUAAGCAACCUGGGUUUUUCAUGGAGAGAUUUUUGUUUGAAUCAGAUCACAGUUUGACCAAUCCAACUGCAUCACCGUCUGAAUUAACAAUUACUGCUCUCCUACCUCGAGAAUUUAAAGGAGUGUACAAAACAAUGCAGUUAACUGACAUAAUUUUGUUGUGGUCUUUCUCAUGGUUCACCGUAGUUAAUUCCAUGGCAGUUGACACCAUCAGUUCAAAUCAGACCAUUAAAGAUGGUGAAACCAUUGUAUCAGCAGGUGGAGAAUUCGAGCUUGGAUUUUUCAGCCCAGGCAGUUCAACAAAUCGAUAUCUGGGGAUAUGGUACAAGAAGAUAUCACAUGGAACGGUUGUGUGGGUGGCUAAUAGAGAAACUCCACUUAAUAACUCCUUCGGUAUGGUGAGGGUGAGUGGAAAUGGAAUUACACUGCAAACAGUUAAUGGUAGCGAUGGGCUGAUUUGGUCUGCAAAUACAUCUAAAUCUUUAAAGAACCCUUCUCUACAGCUACUAGAUACAGGGAAUUUGGUUUUAUGGGAUGAAGAUCAUAAUAUCAAUGACUCAGAAGAUUUCAUCUGGCAGAGCUUUGAUCAUCCUGGAGACACUCAGCUACCUGGCAUGAAGUUUGGAAUAGACCUGGUAACUGGUAUAAACAGGUACUAUACAUCUUGGAAAAGUGCUAAUGAUCCAUCCCUGGGUAAUUUCACCUACAAACUUGAUUCUAAUGGUUUUCCACAAUUUAUUUUGCGGAAAGAUUCAGUUAUUUGGUCGAGGUUUGGACCAUGGAUUGGUCCCGCAUACAGUGGCAUUCCUAAUUAUUACCAGAGCGGAUAUUAUAAAUACACGUUUGUUUCCGAUGGAAGGGAAAUAUAUAGUCAGUUUGAUCUCAUCAAUAAAACGCCUGCUAUUAUGAGGGUCGUACUGACUCCAACUGGAGAAGCAAAAAUUCUUAUGUGGAAUAAUCAACAACAAAUUUGGGAGGUAAACCUUGCUCAACAGUUCACAGACUGUGAUAAUUAUGGUUCGUGUGGUGCUUAUGGAAUAUGUAAUAUAAACAAAACACCAAGAUGUGAAUGCUUACGAGGAUUUGUUCCAAAAUUCCCAAAACAGUGGGAAGCAGCAGACUGGUCUAAUGGAUGCGUCCACAGAACUAAUCUGGUAUGUGGGACUGAAGAGGAUUUUGUGAAAUAUUCAAGUGUAAAGUUGCCAGACACACGUCACUCGUGGUAUAACAUGACAAUCAAUCUUCAAGAAUGUGAGGAACUGUGCUUGAAAAAUUGUUCUUGUACAGCUUAUGCAAAUGCAGAUGUCAGAAGCGGGGGGCAUGGAUGUGUCUUAUGGUUUACAGGCCUUAUUGAUAUCAGAGACAACAUAGAAGGUGGACAAGAUAUUUAUGUAAGGAUACCAUCAUCAGAAUUAGGAAAAAGUGGAAGAUCCAAAACAAAGAGAAAAAUAAAGGUCUUUGUCAUUGCUGGUGUAUCAACAUUAGUACUAUUUCUAGUACUAACAUUAGGACUAUUUUGCAUGACAUCCCUCUACAUAGCAUGUAGGAAGAGAAAACGGCAGUUACAAGAAAACUUGAGGUUAAGUUCUGGAAUUGUUGCCUGGAACAAAAUUGAAGGUGAAGAUAUGGAGUUGCCGUUAUUUGAAUUUGAGAGCAUUGCAAAUGCUACAAGUAACUUCUCAAACGACAACAAACUUGGACAUGGUGGCUAUGGACCCGUCUACAAGGGCAUGUUGGAUGAUGGACAGGAAAUAGCUGUGAAAAGACUUUCAAGCAAUUCAAGCCAGGGACUAGAUGAGUUCAAAAAUGAAGUUUCAUUUAUCUCCAAACUUCAGCAUAGAAAUCUUGUUGCGCUUCUUGGUUGCUGCAUAGACAAAGGAGAAAGGAUUUUGAUCUACGAAUACAUGCCUAACAAAAGCCUAGAUUUGUUCAUUUUUGAUGAAGAAUUAAGAAACACGAUGGACUGGCAGAAACGAUACAACAUUAUAAAUGGUAUCGCUAGGGGACUUCUGUAUCUUCAUGAAGAUUCAAAGCUAAGAAUCAUACACAGAGAUCUCAAGGCAAGUAACAUUCUACUUGAUCAUGAGAUGAAUCCAAAGAUUUCAGACUUUGGCAUGGCAAGAAGUUUUAAAGCAAAUGAAACUGAAGCAAAUACAUCACGAGUUGUUGGGACUUAUGGUUACAUGUCCCCCGAGUAUGCUAUUGACGGACAAUUCUCUGUUAAAUCUGAUGUAUAUAGCUUCGGUGUUUUACUGAUAGAGAUAGUCAGUGGAAUGAAAAACAGAUUAUUCUUUCAUCCUGGUCACAGCUUAAACCUUCUCGGUCAUGCAUGGAUAUCUUACAAUGAAGAGAAACUUCUGCAAUUAAUCGAUGAUAUGAUUGUGGAGUCAUGUGACCAGACUGAAGCUCUACGACUUAUCCAAAUCGGAUUAUUGUGCGUUCAGCACGAUCCAAAGGACAGGCCAGCUAUGUCAGAGGUGGUUUUCAUGCUAAGCAAUAAUACGAAACUGGCUCAACCUAAGCAGCCGGGAUUUUUCAUGGAGAGGUUUUUGUUUGAAGUAGACAGUAUAAGCAACCCAAACACUAAGUCUUCAUCAAAUGAAUUAACAAUUACUGCUCUCCUAGCUCGAGAAUAGUCUAGUUGUGUCUUGGAUUGCGAUUAGAGACUCAUUAUCUUGGUCUAUAAAACCAACGACCACUGAAUCAUUGUUGACAUGCAGCAACAAUCUGUAGCUGCAUAGUUCAUUUGUACUUUAGUAGAUUGUACUUCUACCGUUUAAUAUAGUUAAUUCUGUCUUGUGUUGAUAAGCAUCGAGAUUAAAGUAUUGCUUCUCGAAAGUUUGGUGAUUUUGUUUGAUGUUAGCACUUUGAUAUAACUUGUUUAUAAUUAUGGGUUGGGAAGCUAGCUCAGUGUGUGUUCUAU